CUUAAAACACCUAAAUUUGAUACAAUAAGUUUGGAGGUAAAAAUCUGCCACGUGUGAUAUCUGUAAAAGGGACCCAUAUAAUACAAUAUUCCAAACUUGUUUAUAAGCAUCGAGGCUUUGGUCCUUCUGAUACUCUAAUCAAUUGCCACGUGUCAUUAUUUAUUAUUAUUAUGGCUUAAAUGUUGCUGACGUGGCGUCUAUAUCUUUGUCAAAAGGUAUUAUAAAAAAGUGAAAAAAAAAAAGAGAGAGAGAAUAAUCCACCUGUGCUCUGCUGUACUCAACCACGUUAUUGGGCCGGUACUUUGAAGGCUGGCCCAAAAGAAUAAUCCUGAACUGCCUGAUUUUUCAGCCCACCAUUAUUGGGCUUGAGCUGGAAAGGAUGGCCCAAAUAUAUUGAACUAAAUUUUGUGUUAGCAAAUUGCAAAAAAAAAAAAUAAUAAUAAUAUACGGAAUAUUGCUUAUUUAUACUAUUAUUUUGGAGAAUUACGGGUUUGAGGGUUAGCUCGACAUUCAAGCCCUCGACUUAUAGUCUUUCGAAACACGUCGAAAACACAGUUCCUAAACUCAAACUUACGAAAGAUUCGGAACGUGCACCGAAAAAGUGUGAAAAGUUUAAGUUCAACCUAUUAGUCACUACAAUCCACAUCAUUAUCCAAAACCCAGAAGCUCCAAAGAAAAAUACAAAUCCAUUCCAUGCCAUUGCCAACCAAGAGCACAAGAACAAGAACAAACAAGCUUGCCUAUUGCCAAGAAAGAGUCCCAACUCCAAGUGCUUUUUCCCUUUACCCCCUUUGAAAAGUGGUUCAGGAGGGCCAGGGGGGUAGGCAAAGGCAGGGCAGGGCAGGCAGGGCAGGGCAGGGCAAGGCAGGGCACGCAAGCAAAGGCACUGAAACACUGCAGAGAGAAGCUUAAAUGAGUCCACUGACAGUGACAAUGCCCUCUCAUUUCUCCCCCUCCUACCCCUACACCAACUCUCCCUUUCUCCUUGAGAGAAAAUGACCAAUGCCUCCUUUGGAAGCCACCAUCCGUUUCUGUGGGGGACACUCUAAACCCUUUAAUUCCCUUCCCUCCCUCCCACCAAAAUUAUUGCCCUUUUCUCUCUCAUUCUCCCAAUGUUCUUCAGACCCCCACCCACCCUCCCUUUUCUCUCUUCUGUUUAUUUGGCCAUGAUUCUCCACACCCCUUUUCCCAAACUCCAUAGCUGCUGCCCAUUUUGGAGCUUCUCUCUGCCAGGAUGCCCCCAAGACAAGGCUCUAGGCCUUUUGAAUGUGUGAGAAGAGCUUGGCAUUGUGAAAGACAUCAACCCAUUAGAGGUUCUCUCAUUCAAGAGAUUUUCAGGGUUGUGAGUCAAGUUCAUUGCCCUGCUACCAAGAAGAACAAGGAAUGGCAAGAGAAACUCCCCAUUGUUGUUCUUAAAGCUGAGGAAAUUCUGUAUUCUAAAGCUGAUUCUGAGGCUGAAUACAUGGAUAUUACUACACUAUGGACCCGAAUAAACGAAGCGAUUAAUACGAUCAUUCGGCUCGAUGGGGACACCGAAACUGGGGAGUUUCUUCAUCCUUGUAUUGAAGCUGCUCUCUAUUUGGGUUGUACGCCGAGAAGAUCGUCGAGGAGUAACCGAGGUAGUAACCUGAGGGGCUACCUUACUUCCUGCUCUCCACAAGUCCUAGAAACAUCAUCUCACUACAUCAACAUCAUUAGACCAGCUGUUUUGAGCUCAUCUUGUACCAUACCUGAUGCCAGACCGAAAAGCCAAAUCCAUGUCGGUAAUCCCAUCGGAGUUAGCACGAACUCGAAAUCCUCAACCGUAUAUAAGAACAUUUGGCCAUCAAUCAGUAACCAACAGUUCCUUACAGAGACUGUUUCAGGAUGGAACAUGUUUUCUUUGUGUCCAUUGUACAAUGGAAGCCAUCAGCACGAGCCCUGUAUCAAUAUGCAACCUAUGCCCCUCUACAACGGUCCAAGUUUCUCUGUUCCAGCUCCGUUUAAGUACUUCCAUUCCAGUGAGCUGAUUGCUACAAGGAACAACAAAGUUGAUUCUGUUAAUACUCUUCACGAGCAACAGAAAACAGCCUGCAAUCUAUCGUUGCGGUUGGGUCCUCUCUCCAUUCCACAUCCAAGCAUCAACAACGGUCGAUCCAAGUCGAUCACAGACAUCGGUGCUAACGACUCUCAAAACCAGAUAAUGAGUUCUUCCGGUCACCCGUUCCAACUAGACAAAACGCUUCCUUUCUUUCCUCUCCAUGUUACAUUAGAUUCCCAUUUGAAGGAGCAGAGUUUCAAGAUGGACAUUUAGACUCGAAGCCAUAAAUUAGGAAAAAAAAACAUGAACAAGAAAGGGACUUGGAAGCAGCUAGCAAACCAUGUUAAGAUGUUGUUGUGUUGUCUCUUUCGAUUUUCCUGUGACGUUCCCGUGCUUGCUAUUAGUAGAAAACCGUAGGACGUUUAGACAUUUAUCGCCUAUGUUACUGCUAUAAUCGGAGCUAUGUCGAUCCAAUGUAAUCUUGUGUUUGUUGAAGUGUUAACACCAAUGGUUUGAAUGAAGAUAAUGAACUCUUUUGCAUUUAAGCUCUCCACAAAUAAUGGAGUUUGUGGGGCUUAACCUUUCAAGCA